AUGGAAGGUCUGGAAACUGGACCGAUGAGUAGCUCCAGUUCGGAUCCGCUGUUGUCUGCAGCGCUGUCCAGUCGUUCGCCGGCAACGUCAACAUCUGAAGAAUUUCGUUCACACUUGAGUGACUCGUCUUAUCGUAAUGGACGUCUAAGUCCUCAUAGUACAAUUGUUGUUACAACGGCUGCGUUUAAUCAGUAUACAACGCUGACUAAUCUUCAACCAUUGCCGCCGAUAUCAACUGUAACAAAUUCAUCAGAGAAAUUUGCUCGAAGUAGUCCUCCGGUAACGGAAUCUAGGACAAAUAAUUCAUCAACAAAUUUAUUUUUUCAAACUCCUUCCAGUAGCGCUUUAAGCGCACCAUUAUCUUUUAAUACCUUUCCAUAUAAUGUUAACAUCAAAUACGAGUAUGAUAUGAAAACGGAACCUGAAAUUGAUGAUACUCGAACAGAACCAGUAUCUGGUCGACAAGCGUCUGAUUUUUCAAAUUCAAAUUCUUUACAUCUACAGCUGCAGCAAAUUAACGAAUUCUCACCCUCUCAUUCGCCCUAUGUACCGCCGUUCACAAGCGUCAUUGAAUUACGUGCACCAAAACAGGAGAAACUCUGUUUUGGUACCGCGAAUACGUUUGAAACAUUCACUACGUCGAGCGAAAUACUCGAUUCGGGAACGAUCGAACGUAAUGAAAGGAGUAAUUCAACGCCACUUCAAGAAGAAGUUACAUCUGCACCACCUGAUUCGCCGGAUUCAGGAAGCGAUAUGGAAGAACUAAAUACCAAGGAGCUUGCACAACGGAUUUCAGCAGAACUCAAACGUUAUUCAAUUCCUCAAGCAAUAUUUGCUCAACGAGUUCUUUGCAGGUCGCAAGGUACAUUAUCGGAUUUAUUACGUAACCCAAAGCCAUGGUCGAAACUAAAAAGUGGUCGAGAAACGUUUCGACGGAUGGCUAAAUGGUUACAGGAACCGGAGUUUCAACGAAUGUCCGCUCUUCGUUUAGCAGGUAUUACGGCUUUACUUUAA